CUAAGAUCUGUGCAUGCACGCUCUAACUUUCAUUUUCUUCUAGCUUGCUAAAUAAUCCUCCAAAACCACUUCACCAAAAAAUAUGAAGAUUUUUAAAUGGAUGCAAAAUAGGUUUAAUGGCACGAAUGAGAAAAUGAAAUCAAGCUCAAUUUCAACUACUCAUUAUAUGAUGAGUGAUUCUGAUAGACAAGAUUUGAUCAAUGAUUGGGAUGAGGCACUAGUACUUGCAAUUGGAACAUUUGGGAAUAUUAAUAACAAUUUGAAAGAAGAUUAUAAUAAAAAUAUUGAUGAAGAAGAUUCAUAUAAUUCCUUUCAAGAUUGUACAAAGGAGUUAUGUUUUGAAGAAGAUGGAAAUUUUGAGAAUGGAGUGAAAAUAAAUUUGGAAGAGAAUAAUUUCUGUCCAAGCAACAGUUUAAUAUACAAUAGAGGAUCAAGGGAGUGUUUGGAUAAAAGUAAGAAUGGCGUUUCAAAAAAAUCACUUUCUUUUCUGCUUAAGAAGAUGUUUGUUUGUGGAAAUGGAUUGCCACCAACUAUUCCUUUAUGCAAAGAUCAACUCUCAACAGAUUCUAGAAUGGAGAAGAUUCUGAAAGCAAUACUUCACAAAAAGAUACAUCCACAAGAUUUAUGUUCAACAACAUUUGUAAAAAAAUAUCUUGUAAACAAUUCAAUGCCAGAAUCUGACUAUGACUCGGAUGACAAUGAAGAAGAUGAAGAGUUUACUCCCACUAGUGUUGUAGACAAAGGAUGUAAAUGGGUCAACACAGAUUCUGAAUAUAUUGUUCUUGAGAUAUAAAUGACUUCUACUACAUACAUAUUGAUAUGAUGAUUUAUGUUCAACCCUGCUCAUAGAAGAUCUAUAUAUAAUAGCAAAAAUAGCAUGGAAGUUGUGGACCUAAUAUUUUGAAUGUAUGAAUCAAGUUAAAGAAUUGCGACAAACUAAAUAGGGGAUAAUUCUGAAAAAUGUUUAUAUUUAAGAACACAUUUUCUAACACAUGGAUGUUAGAAAUCAUGUAUGAGUUUCUUACGUGAAAUAUAUGCAUCUUAAUGUUUGUAUAAAUGUAACAAUUAAGGUGAUAAU